AAAAACGCUUUUUAAAACGAAAAAAGUAAGUUAAGCGUUUUCGUAACAAAGAUUAAGGUUAAGAAUGGCAGCCGAUCAGAAAAUGGAGGUUGAUGGUACCACAUCAGUGAACCAUGAAGGAAUUAAACAGUAUUAUGUCAGUAAAAUUGAAGAGUUGCAGCUCAUUGUGACAGAAAAGACUCAGAACUUGAGAAGAUUGGAAGCACAGAGGAAUGAGCUGAAUGCUAAAGUGAGGAUGCUGAGAGAAGAACUGCAGCUGCUGCAGGAGCAAGGCUCUUAUGUAGGGGAGGUUGUAAAACCUAUGGAUAAAAAGAAAGUCUUAGUCAAGGUACAUCCAGAAGGAAAGUUUGUGGUGGACAUUGACAAAAACAUAGACAUCAAUGAUGUGACCCCAAAUUGUAGAGUUGCUCUUCGGAAUGACAGUUACACCCUGCACAAAAUCCUACCCAACAAGGUGGACCCACUUGUAAGUUUGAUGAUGGUAGAAAAGGUGCCAGAUUCUACCUAUGAGAUGGUAGGAGGUCUGGACAAACAGAUUAAGGAAAUCAAAGAAGUGAUUGAACUGCCUGUGAAGCAUCCAGAGUUAUUUGAGGCACUAGGAAUAGCACAACCAAAGGGUGUGUUGUUGUAUGGGCCGCCAGGAACAGGGAAGACUCUCCUAGCUAGAGCAGUGGCACAUCACACAGAGUGUACAUUUAUUCGUGUGUCAGGAUCAGAACUGGUUCAGAAGUUUAUAGGGGAGGGAUCACGGAUGGUGAGAGAGCUCUUUGUCAUGGCUAGGGAGCAUGCACCUUCCAUCAUUUUCAUGGAUGAGAUUGAUUCUAUAGGAUCAUCAAGAUUAGAAGGCGGGUCUGGAGGUGACUCUGAAGUACAAAGAACAAUGUUGGAGUUGUUGAACCAACUGGAUGGCUUUGAGCCGAAACAAAAUAUAAAAGUGAUCAUGGCUACAAACAGAAUUGACAUCCUCGAUUCAGCCUUGUUACGUCCAGGCCGGAUAGACAGAAAAAUUGAGUUCCCUCCUCCGAAUGAAGAGGCUAGAUUAGACAUUCUGAAAAUUCAUUCACGUAAAAUGAAUCUAACUCGGGGAAUCAAUCUUAGAAAAAUUGCUGAAAUGAUGCCCGGAGCUUCAGGAGCAGAGGUUAAGGGAGUGUGCACGGAAGCUGGAAUGUAUGCAUUAAGGGAGAGACGAGUACAUGUCACACAAGAAGAUUUUGAGUUAGCUGUUGCAAAGGUAAUGCAGAAGGACUCUGAGAAGAAUAUGUCCAUUAAGAAACAGUGGAAGUAGAUGUACAGGCAUCCAUCGGAUUGUCAAGGUUGCCUUUGUAUGUGAUGUCCGAGGGCCAUGAAUCUUAAAAUAAAGACAGUUUUUACCUUCAUUUCUGCCAUCAGUCCAUGUAUCAAUGUAUCUGAAAAGAUGAUGUAAUUAAAUUCUACAUACAUGUA